UCCGCCCCCUCCCGAACGCGGAAGCGAGGCGGUUUGAAGCGCUGACAGGCCGGGGCGUGCUCCGGCGUGCCAUGGCGGCGAUUGGCGCCUACCGCUGCAUCGAAUGCAACAGGGAGGCGGCCGAGCUGUACAGGGACUACCAGCGCGGCGUGCUCCGCAUCUCCAUCUGCAAAUCCUGCCAGAAACCUGUGGACAAAUACAUUGAGUAUGAUCCCGUUAUCAUCUUGAUUAAUGCUAUUUUAUGUAAAGCACAAGCAUACAGGCACAUUCUUUUCAAUACAAAGAUAAAUAUUCAUGGGAAGCUCUGCGUAUUUUGUUUGCUCUGUGAAGCUUACCUCAGGUGGUUGCAACUACAGGAUUCAAGCCAAAACAUAGAUCCUGAUGACUUAAUCAGAUAUGCCAAGGAAUGGGAUUUUUAUAGAAUGUUUGGUAUAGCUUCUUUAGAACAAACUUCAUUUUUGGUUGGCAUUUUUAUUACCUUAUGGUGGAUGAGACCUAAAAUGCUGAAAACAAAGUCUGACUUCAUUUUACUUCUCAAAGCACUGCUGUUGUCCAGCUAUGGAAAGCUUUUGCUAAUUCCAGCUGUUAUUUGGGAACAUGACUACACACCUGUGUGCCUUGCGUUUAUAAAAGUGUUUGUCUUGAUAUCAAACUCUCAGGCAAUUAGAGUUACAUUGAACUUGAACCGACUGCUCCCUUGGUUGGCCAUCAUCUUUGGAUUAAUUUUGGAAAAUGGUGUGGUGUGCUUGUUCCAGAAAAUGGGAUGGGAUGUUUGAAACGUCAGCCCAGAUCUGAAGAAAUACCAACAAUGUGAUGAUCAUUUUCUGAGAAUGAUCUCUGCCAGCAGGCUCCAAAAACACUAUUUUCAUAGUGAUAAAGAAGGUGAUAGAUAACGAAAACUUGCAUUAGUGGUGAGCGUAGACAGCUCUAGGAUGAGUUUAAAUGAGAAACUUCAAAAGUUUGGCUAUUUAAUGUGGUGAGCCAUAAAACUUCAGCCUUAGCUUGUUUAUUUUCCCAUUAAAAAAUAUGAAUGUAUCACUAUCCUAAUAAGCUUUAUAAAUGUGGCUGCAUAGCUAUGGCUGUAACAAAAAAGGUACACUAAAAAAAUUCAGCAGUGCUACCAAUCACUGCAUUUUGGCAGAAAGAGGAGGAUGAAUUGUUCCCUUAAGAGGAAGAUAUAAAAAAAAAUGUAAAAGCCAAAAUUGAUAUUUCUGCAAAAACAGAUUUUCAAAGAGAGAAGUGAACAUGUGCAAACAGUUUAUUAGAGAAAAGGUAAGUAUUGCAGAGUAAAACUACAGUGGGAAAACUAAGUUGCAUGCUCUGGAAUGUUUAUGUAACAAUCCAAAAUAAUAAAAUAUCUAGUUCUAGAGUAAUCUCUAGGAACUAUAGUUUUAACUAGCUUGAAAUUUUAAGUGAUCUCAUAAAUCCUGCUGCUUUAUUCUGAAAGCUGAAAAGAGAGUGGGAGGACUCUGAUCCCCAGCAUACACGGUUGUUUGGGAUACCACUUCUUCUGCAUUUAAUGUUAAGCCACAUCCCCCACACCCAGCCCUCAUCUGGCAGCAGGUUUAGUGGAAGCAAAAAGUGAAGUAUGAGGCUGCUCAGCAAUACAGUAGUACUUGUUAAAAAAAAACCCAAACAACCCACAAACACAUGUUUAGGCCUAAAUUAGUGAUGAAACAUUUAUAGAAGUUCUGUACCUUUUUCCCCACCAGGCAAAGAGAGGGCUAGAUGGCCCACAAAGAAACUUGCAGAAUUGGUUUCUGCAGACAGUAAUUGGGACACGAACCUACUUCUUUUGUGCAGACCAGUUUCCUUUACGUUCCAUCCAACGUUUAAUUCUCUUGCUUCAGUUCUGGAAGGCUCUACUAUCUAUAGGUACUACUGCCAUUCUUCAUUUUCCUCAGAUGUCAUCUCCUAUCCGUGUUUUGCAAAAUGUAUCAAAUAAUAUUUUGCAACAUCUUCAAUUCCAAACAGGCUUAGAGUAAGUCUAGCUUAUGACCACAGAAGACAUCAGACAUGUUUGUCUGAUGCAACUGCCCAUGCCACGGUAAGUUACUUGGGUCAGAAAAGCAACUGGUUGCUGAUUCUGGCUGAGGCCACUCAUGUGCCAUUUGUGUUACACUUUACACGAGCAUGUAGCAAAGGCAAAAAAAACAAAAUUGCAACCUCUUUAAGUACAUGAGACAGUUUAACACUGCAACUGCUCCAGCAAGCACAUAGUUGUGAAGGUAUAUGAGGGAUUCACCUUGCUACUGGUGUGAAUCAGUGGCCAGACAACUGAGUGUAGGUGUGCAGUUGCUCACGGGCUGAGCAGCAGCCUUGGCAACACAGUACCUAGAACAUGCUUUGCUUUACAUAAUUAGAUUUGGGGAGAUACUCCACCCCCAAAAGCUUUUUUAAAAACAGUACGUUGCCAAAGGUGCUUUGAGUAGUGCUCAUCUUCCUCCUACAAGACGAGCACACGGCAUUGCAACAGAGACUGCAGGUUGAGAAGGUGCAAAGGGAAAGAGCAGUAGGUCUUUUAGAAAAGCUUCAGGGAUGCUGGUCUGGCCUGCUUUCAUUUUCUUCCUGUCAGCACUGUCACUGGUUUCAGUCUAAAGGCUGAGUGGAGUACAUUUAAAUGUGACUAUUGCAAGGGGAAGAUUUUGCAUUACAUGUAAUGUAAAUAUUGCCUAGUCAGCAGCAAAACCAUAAAUAUAAUGUAUAUAAAUUUUGCUUUGGGACAGUUUUCUUAAACUUUAUUUUGAAUUUAAAAUAAUUGAUUUCAGAACAUUUUGUGAGUUUUAUUCAGAAGACCUAGAAUGGACACAAACACAUUCCGAAAGAAGAAAUGUUUAUCAAUUGUGUCAUAUAUGCCAAUAACAUAUCAGUUAUGCACUCUGUAAUGCUACGAGGAGCCACCACUGUCCUUAUGCAACUUUCAGGAUGGAGAAGAAAAUCAAGAGCUACAGAGCUGUGGAACAAAACCAGGUGUUGUACAGGUUUUUAGUCUUCAGAAGCAUUGUUAUUGUCUAGUAGUGUAGGACAUUCUGCCUUGUGUGGUUUUAUGGCUACUCAUUUACCAGAACUAACAUGACAAAUACACCAAUAUUUUGUAAAUCUAGGGGGAGCUUAAGGAUGCCGGGGCGGGGGGGGGGGGGGGGGGGCAGGUGUAUGUGCAUUUUUUAUGCCUUUGGAAAAGGGUUCUAUAUGGUGCUUCAGAGAGAACUGAGGCUAUUUUAAGGUCCUGACUGUUUAAAACAGUCAUCUCUCUCUCACUUACAUUCCUUUUUGUCUUUUGAGCAACUCUUCUUUCAUAAACUAUUUGUAAUGAAAUAGUCACCUGUGCUGGAAGAUGUAUGACAAAUAGCCUGCCCUUUCUGUAUAUCUUCAGUUCCUUCAUUAACUUAUGGGAAAGGAUUUACUUGGGUUAAAAAUAUAACAGUCUGCAAAUGAAGCCAUGUAAACUCUUCGAGUUUUGCUUGGAAUCAAAAGGGAUAUAAUGGCACGUGGAGCAAAUUCCAGAAUUCUAUCAGAUGAAAUGCACAGAAGAACCAGUGAUGUUACUCAGACUUGGGUUGAGCAAUGGUUUAGUGAUUGCGUAGUGGGAGCUGGGAACUUUAACUGGGUCCAUAGGUCAGGUAACAAGUAUUUAGAAAUUACUCUAUACAAAAUUGGAGACUUAGAGUAUAAGCUAGGAAGGGUUAAAAGAGAAUGUAGGUGUCAGGCAGACUUCUACAAAAAUAAGAGUUGAGAAGACUAUAAAAACUAGGGGUAGAAUCUCAAAAAAAAUUAGUACGUAAGAAAAGAUGCGGUAUAGAUGAGUGUAUGAUUAAGCAAAUAUAUGAACGUCCUAAGUUUUCAAAGGAUGAAUAUGAAGGAAGAAUAUUAUUGUAGACAUUUUUCCAAUAGUCUAAGUGAUAACAUGAAAUGGCGAAGGAUGUCCUCCAAACAGUAAAGUCUAUGGGUUUCCCUAGAAAAGUUACUGAUAACCUCAUUACUUAAGUGGUUUGCACUUCAUCCUUGAAAAUACACUUUUAUAAGCAGAAUUACCAGUUGUACAGAGAUAGAAUUAGUCACUGUGCAUAGGAAGAGCUGUGCAACAGCAGAGCUUCUCCCUUCAUUCUGCAAUAGUGUGUGUUGCAUUAGGUUUUGCUGGCGGAGGCAAGGGCUACUACCCUUGUGACCUCGUGCAAGUACAGACAAGCGAGUCCUUUCUUCCACGACAAGUCAUAUCUCAGGCAUAUAAACUGCUAUUUGUUAGCCCAGUCUUCACCGAACUGAAAGUAAAAUAGGACAUCUGCACUGGAAAACUAUUAGCAGCUGAUUUCUCAUAAAACAAGAAAGCCAUUGUUUUUCAGGAGCUUGCAUGCUUUUGGAAUCCAUCAGCUCUCCCCCAGCUGGGUUGUGUUAAGCACCACAGUGCCAUCUGGAGUUGAAAAGCAAAGCGCUAUUGUUUCCAAAACUGAAAGGAACUAAAAGCACUAGAAAGACAUAUUCUUUGAUUAAUUUUUGUUCUGUAAAGUCACAAAUUCGAGCUUUGAAAAUUAACAUUCAUUUUCAGUUUGGAGAAAUUUUAGCAUGAAGUUAGUGA